GGGGAGGGAACUUGAGAGUUUUCAGAGAGCGACUGUGCAGUUUGACUGUGGCAGCGCUUCAGGGACAGACAGCGGCGCUCCAGCUGCUCCCGAACGCCCGUCUGCGCCUGCCCCAACCGCAGCUUCACACCGGGGUCGUGGCCGUGCUGGCACGCGGGGCGGACGGGCUGGCCCGGGAUGGCCGCUGUGAUGCCCGCUACGAUGCCCGCUGUUCGGGGGGAAGUGAGCAGAUGAUGAGCGAGAUGUCGUUCAGCGGGCGAGACAGUAUCCCGCAGGAUGGGGCGCCGGGAAGCAGGAACGCCCGGGUCAGACGGGCCGUGCGGAUAUCCAGCAUAGUCGCGCAGGAGGUUCUGUCUCUGGGCGCUGAUGUUCUACCGGAGUAUAAGCUGCAGGCUCCGCGCAUCCACAAGUGGACGGUCCUGCACUACAGCCCGUUUAAAGCGGUGUGGGACUGGCUGAUCCUGCUGCUGGUCAUCUACACGGCCAUCCUGACGCCGUACUCCGCUGCCUUCCUGCUGGAUAACGCUGAGGACGGCUCCAUGCAGAACUGCGGAUACUCCUGCAGCCCGCUCAACGUGGUGGAUCUGAUCGUGGACAUCAUGUUCAUCAUCGACAUCGUCAUCAACUUCCGCACCACAUACGUCAACGCUAACGAUGAGGUGGUCAGUCAUCCGCUGCGCAUCGCCGUGCAUUACUUUAAAGGCUGGUUCCUGAUCGACAUGGUCGCCGCCAUUCCCUUCGACCUGCUCAUUUACAGAAGCGGGGAGGAGGUGAGUGCUGAGCCCACUCAGCAGACCACCCUCAUCGGGCUGCUGAAAACGGCUCGUCUGCUGCGUCUGGUGCGCGUGGCCCGCAAGCUGGACCGCUACUCGGAGUACGGCGCGGCGGUGCUGUUUCUGCUGAUGUGCACGUUCGCUUUGAUCGCCCACUGGCUGGCCUGCAUCUGGUACGCCAUCGGGAACGUGGAGCAGAACCGCUCCAUCGGCUGGCUGCACGCGCUCGGGGUUCAUCUGGGCAAAGAGUACAACAUCAGCAGCCCGCGCAGCUCCGGGCCCAGCAUCAAGGACAAAUACGUGACCGCGCUGUACUUCACCUUCAGCAGCCUGACCAGCGUGGGCUUCGGGAACGUGUCUCCCAACACCAACUCCGAGAAGAUCUUCUCCAUCUGCGUCAUGCUCAUCGGAUCACUGAUGUACGCCAGUAUCUUCGGGAACGUCUCUGCCAUCAUCCAGCGGCUGUACUCGGGAACGGCUCGAUAUCACACUCAGAUGCUGCGGGUUCGAGAGUUCAUCCGCUUCCACCAGAUCCCCAACCCGCUGCGCCAGAGGCUUGAGGAGUAUUUCCAGCACGCCUGGUCCUACACCAACGGCAUCGACAUGAACGCCGUGCUGAAGGGUUUCCCCGAGUGCCUCCAGGCUGACAUUUGUCUCCAUCUGAACCGCACGCUCCUGCAGAACUGCAAAGCCUUCAAGGGCUCCAGUAAAGGCUGUCUGAGAGCUCUGGCCAUGAAGUUUAAGACCACUCACGCUCCUCCAGGAGACACGCUGGUGCACGCUGGAGACGUCCUCACCGCGCUCUACUUCAUCUCACGCGGAUCCAUCGAGAUCUUACGCGGAGAUGUGGUGGUGGCCAUAUUGGGGAAGAAUGACAUAUUCGGGGAGCCCAUCAACCUGUACGCUCGACCUGGUAAAUCUAACGCAGACGUGCGCGCGCUGACCUACUGCGACCUCCAUAAGAUCCACAGGGAAGAUCUGCUGGAGGUGCUGGACAUGUACCCUGAGUUCUCCGACCACUUCUGGACUAACCUGGAGAUCACCUUCAACCUCAGAGACACUAACAUGAUUCCCGGAUCUCCCAGCAGUGACGAUUCAGACUGCGGCGGCUUCAACAAACUACGGAGGAGGAAGCUUUCCUUCAGGAGACGAACAGAAAAGGAUGAUGCAGAUGCUGGAGAGAUCAAGAAGAACCAGAAGCCCAUUCGCAGAGGCAGAAAACAAGCAGCCGCUAACAGGAACGAGCUCAGACCGGGGUGGGAGGAGCCUCGUAACUCUGUCUCCUCUCACUCCAGUGACGAGGGGGAGGAGCCCGCACACACAAGCCCCACCCCUCCGACUGCACUGAUGGAUGCGGCUGAAGGAGAGACGGAUCCCAAGACAGGAAACACAUGCAAUGCCCUAUCAGGUGCUUUCUCAGGUGUGUCGAAUAUCUUCAGCUUCUGGGGUGAGAGUCGGGGCAGGGAGUAUCAGGAGCUCCCAUGCUGUAACCUGCCAUCUCCUCCACCGCACCCCAGCACACCCCUGCGCAGCAUCAGCCGCCAGCAGCGCAGCCAGAUGGAGAACCGGCUGGAGCUGCUGCAGAAACAGCUCAACAGGCUGGAGAGCCGCAUGUCCACAGAUAUCGGAGCGAUCAUGCAGCUGCUGCAGAGGCAGAUGAUGCUGCUUCCUCCAGCGUACAGCAGUGUGUCGUCCCCACCGCAGCUCUCUGUGUUCCCGGAGAGACUCGUGCAGCCCGUCACACCGCUAGACUUGCAGACCCCCGCCUCGCUCUCACAGUCGUGUGAGUCUCUGAGCAGCAGCACUGAUCUUCAUCCAGCAGAGGGCGCUGUUGCUCCUCGCUAUGGCUCCAGGACACUUCUGGAUCUGGACGUCCAGCGGCGUUUCUCUCUACAGGAGCCACAGACUCCGCUGACCCCGCAGACCCCGCAGAAGCAUAGCUCAGACCCCGGCAGCUAAACAAACACACACACACACACACAUACCUGCUGCUUCUGCACUGCUGUCGUCCAGUAUUGGAGAUCCACUAAACUACUAUACACUGAUUCUAACUCAUUUCAAGUAGCCAUUAUGUCUUGCACUGAAUUUUUUCCUCGAUCUUUAUCUUCACGUCUGCGGCGCUUCCAAAAGAAAACGACUAACUGGUUGAACUUGUUAGUGUUAGCUGGCCUAACAGAAGAUAAAUAAUAUUAAUAAUAUUAAUCUGACGUGUUCUGUCUGUCAUCGCCUUCAUUUACUUGUGCAUCAAUGGAGGCGGAGUCUCAAGCCACGCCCCCCCGGCGCACUGGAUUGGCUGGAUGUCAGUGAUCGGCGGGUGUUUUAAAGCUAUGCUUUUCUGAUGAUCAGUCGAGUGACACUGGAGACCAAUAAUAUGCAAGAGUCAAACACACACCUGCUUAUCUGAUCAGUUUUAAAAUAAUUAACGCAUUUAGUUUGAGCUCAUUAGCAUUAGCAAUACUGAAUCCUUUAAAUUACAACCAAAACAAAUAGUGACCAAAUGGAAAUCUGUCUAUUUUGCUUUAUUAUUUAUAUUUUUGUGGUGUUUAAAGCCCUCGGUCGCAUUAUUUUCAUGGUUUUAUGAGCACUAGAAUAUGACAAAUUGACUACAAUCAAACCCAUAAUACUUCAGUCCUUUACAUAUGACGUGUGCUGGACCAAUGGGAGACUUUAUAACAAGCAAUUAAGCAUGCGCUAAUAAACAUACACUUUUAAUAUCAAGCAUUUAUUUUAUAACAGACUUGAUAUCGUAGGUAAUAUUAGCAUUUCUGAGGAUGGAAGAGCAUAUUAGCAUGAGACGAUGUUGUGCGUUAUAGCGUCCAUACAUGAUUGUAUCAUUCUGCCUUGAAUCUGAAUUGUGGGUCGUUUUCUGUUGAUACCAAAUAUUAUAUUUAAUUCGAGUCAAACUGUAUGAUGUAGGUCAAGAUGGAGGAUUUGAGGAGGAAAGAGACGUUCAGUCACUACUGCGUUAAAUAUUCGCUGUUGCGUUGGGGAAUGCAGGAGUUUGCACAUAUUUAUCUACUUUUGUUUUCAGUUUUAUUAUUAUUAUUAUUAUUAUUAGUGAUGACUUAAAUGAUGUGUUGGAGUCUGUUUAAAGCCAUACACGGGUGAAUCUCACAAUAACAUGUACUGGUCAAGAUUAAGCAUAUUAUCAAAAGAAAAAAAAGACAUUAUUCUGGCGUUAUUACAGCUAAAUUGUUUUAAUUUUUGUUUUAAUUUAUUUAUUGUUUAUUUUAAAUGUGUUUCUAUAAUUUAUUUUCAUUUCAUUAUUUUAUUAUUUAAAGAAAUGUACCAUAAAUCAUAUUUAAAAUAUAUUUAAUAAUGAGCAGCACGGUGGCUCAGUGGUUAGCGCGACAGUAAGAAGGUCGCUGGUUCGAGUCCCGGCCGGGUCAGUUGGCGUUUCUGUGUGGAGUUUGCAUGUUCUCCCCUGUGUUGGCGUGGUUUUCCUCUGGGUUUCUCACACAGUCCAAACACAUGCGCUAUAGGGGAAUUGAUUAACUAAAUUGGCCGUAGUGUAUGAGUGUAUCUGAAUGAGGGUGUAUGGGUGUUUCCUAAUGAUGGGUUGCAGCUGGAAGGGCGUUCGCUGUGUAAAACAUGUGCUGGAUAAGUUGGCGGUUCAUUCCGCUGUGGCGACCCCUGAUGAAUAAAGGGACUAAGCUGAGUGAACAAUGAAUGAAUUUAAUUAUGAAUUUUAA